CUGAAGUUCUUUCUCUGAUCAUUAACAAUUUAACACUCAACAAGAGCUAACCUACAAAGAUUCUUUCCUUCCAGAAUUAGGGUUCCCUAUUGGAUCGAAUCGAACUUACAGCAAUUGUUGGUACAAUAAUGGAGGUCAUCAGAAGGGCAUCUCAUGCUGGCUCAUGGUACACCGAUAAUCCUAGAAAGCUCGAAGAAGAACUCGAUGGGUGGCUGAAUGCUGCUGGAUUGCCAAAGUCAUCUGAUGUUCGUGGAGUCAUUGCUCCGCACGCAGGUUACUCGUAUUCUGGCCGCGCAGCAGCUUAUGCAUUUGGAAAUAUCGACCCUACUAACAUUUCUCGGGUAUUCCUUCUUGGUCCAUCUCAUCACUAUUAUACUCCCAAAUGUGCUUUGUCAACUGCGACGGUUUACAAAACUCCAAUUGGGGACUUACCUAUUGAUCAGGAAGUGAUUGAGGAGCUUAAAGCUACAGGAAAAUUCGAGUUGAUGGAUCUUCGUGUCGACGAGGCAGAACAUAGCAUGGAGAUGCACUUACCUUAUUUGGCCAAAGUAUUUAAAGGGCACCAAGUGAAGGUUGUACCGAUUCUGGUUGGUGCUUUAAAUGCCGAGAGUGAAGCCAAGUACGGGAAGUUGCUGGAAAAAUACAUCGAUGAUCCCAAAAACUUCUUUUCUGUGUCCUCAGAUUUCUGCCACUGGGGCACACGGUACAUAUCAUCCACAUCUUACUUGGUUGACUACUUUCCUUUCAGCAUUAUUUCUUCCUUUAAGGUAUGGUUCAAUUACACACACUAUGACAACAAACAUGGUGCGAUAUACAAGUCCAUUGAGGCCCUGGAUAAGAUGGGCAUGGACAUUAUCGAGACAGGAGACCCAGAUUCAUUCAAAAAGUAUUUGCUGGAGUUUGAGAAUACCAUCUGUGGACGCCAUCCCAUCGGUGUUUUCCUCCAUAUGACAAAGAUCUGCUCAACUAAGAUAAAGAUACAGUUCCUUCGAUACGAGCAAUCGAGUCGGUGCAAAACCAUGAGAGAGAGCAGCGUCAGCUACGCAUCUGCAGUAGCAAAGGUGGAUGGCGAGUGAAAGAUGGUGCAGAACAGUAGAAGUGUGGUCUGUAAUUUGUGUGGAAAUAUGUUCCUGCGAAUUUGGAAAGACGAAAGACGAGCAUUAAUUGCAUAUUAAUAGUGGGCCGGCAACGCAAGAACGAAGUUGUGACUUUUGUCCAUUACAUACAUGCCACAAUUCCAGUGUCAAUUAUGCAAAUGAUCAC